UUAUUUUGGUCUAUUUUUUACAAUAAAAUAUACAAAAUUUACUGACUUACAUUCAUAAAUAUUUCAAAAUUCAAAAUCAAAGGAGUUCCGCUUAAAUUAUGCUUUUUCGUAACGCAUGGAUACGGUUGUCAUAUCAAAAAUAGAGUCAUGGGAUAUACCACUUGGAAAACUCAGAAUCUUAUUCAUAAACAUUUUUACUAUAUUAUAUAAAGCAGCCACAUUGAAUCCACGUAAACUUCGCACGGAUAUGAAAAUAAUCUACAAUGUGUUGAAAAGGUCCUGCAGUAAUACAAUACUAUCUGAAUUCUAUAUCUUAUUUGUAUCACUGGUUAUUUUUGCGAAAUUUCUAUUUGGGUAUGUGAGGCUCGCAGCAAACAUUAUAGCUAUGUUCCCUAUUUUGGCAGAAGAAGGUCGCGAGCUACUUCUACCUUCCAUUUUGGCCCAAGCAGUGGAGAACAUAUUCUUCUGCGCAUUGGAUGUCAUAAUUGGCAGCAUAACUGUUCGCUAUUUUAUACCAUGCAAAUUUCCCUUGUUCGUUAUAUAUGUGGCGAAAAAUAUAAUACAAGUAUCCAUUGGUUUAUCAGUACUCCGCGGCGUAAGAUAAUUUCUGCCCUUUCGAAUGCGACAAAAAAAUACCGCCUCAAAACGCUUUGAAACGUUUAGUUGCGUUUACGGGAAAGUUUCGAACGACACUAACCUCAGUUAGCACUGGCAUCGUAGCCCUUGAGUGGAACUAUUAUGCAGCAAAAAGCAGAACGAAAUACAUCUUGACGUUACAAGAAAAAAAAAACGGUUAUUUUCUUCUGACACAGACUGUAGUCUACUAAAGAAAGGUGGAGUUAAUUGAAAAUGAUUAGCAUAUUUGCUGAAAAUGUAAGCAAAUUGUAUUGUCGAUCAAUUGCAUAUUUUCCAUGAUCAUCUUGAUAUGUCUGGGAUCUGCGCAAGACAAGUGCCGAGAAGACUUGCAUCACUGCAGUAAGCAGAACUAGUCGAAGCAGAAGUUUAUGCAGCAGUGCAUUAAAAGGUGCAGCCUCGCAAAAGGAGUUCACAGUGCAUAAUCGGCUGCAAAGAUUAUGGAUACACUUAUUUGGAAUUUAAAAGCCUUCUUUUUGGUCGACUAUUACGGAAAAGUGUCAGUAGCCGAGUGGCAAACGAACAUUUCAACUCGGUUAACUCAGCUACGGUAGUACUGAUAUAAAUUGUCGUUGAUUCCCAAAAUAAACAAAGAAAAAGCAAAAACAAGUUCCUAAGCCUUUGAAGUUUGGCUCUAGAUUAAGCUCCUUCAGACUAUUAUUAUACAUAUGCUAUAUACAAAUAUUUCCUAAAAUUAAGGAGAGUCCUUCAAGGGGAAAAAAUUAAGUAAAUUCGGCUUAUUUCGGAAGCCUAGACAACAUUGUUUUUUAAGUUACAAAUAAAUUUUAUGAGAGAUUUGGAGCUAAAUAUUUCGAAAAAGACAAAAAAUAUUAAAAUGUUACACCGCUUUUUCUUCAUUCCGAGACUUUUUAAUUUCCCGACGCAUGUUUCGAUAUUCAAAAUUCAAGCACAAAAACCUUUAAUAAAUAGAUGUAAAAGUAUAUACGAGUAUGUAUGUAUUUGAAUAAAUACGGAAAUAAAUAAAUAAACUAUCA